AUGGAGUUUUUUAAUUCCGCCUUAGGCAAAAACAUUACCUUUGUGCGUCCUGCUUAUUUUAAAAUAGUUGGCUUUAUUGGGAUUCCUAAUAUGCAUUAUUACUAUGUCUUUCUCUUUUUUGUCUUCUUUGUUUCAGUGCUGGGAAACAUAACAGUAAUGGGGCUGAUUUACCUGGAUCACAACCUGAGGACUGCAAAGUACAUAGCCAUUUUUAACCUUGCCUUUGUGGAUUUGAUAGGAAACACAGCCCUUGUCCCAAAAGUUAUAGACAUCUUUUUGUUUAACCACUACUAUAUUUCCUACGGUGAAUGCCUGACCUUCUAUUUCUUUUGCAACAUCUGCCUUUCAAUGCAGAGUCUUAACCUGGUUGCUCUCUGCUAUGAUCGUCUGAUUGCCAUUAUGUAUCCCCUGCAUUAUCAAGUCAGGAUGACCCCCAAGAUUAUGUUUUCUAUUGUUGCCUUUAUUUGGCUCCUCGUUCUGUCUUGUGUUCUAAUUGCAUUGGGGCUUUUGACAAGACUUUCCUUCUGUGAUUCAGUGGUUAUUAACAGCUUCUAUUGUGACCAUGGCCCCAUUUACCGACUCGGAUGUAAUGAUACAACUCCAAAUUUAGUACAUGGAAAUCUGUUAAUAGCUCUUUUUGCUUGGGUUCCUUUGAUAACAAUCAUGUGUAGUUAUAUUUGCAUUGGCCGUACUCUGGCAAAGAUUUCCACAGCUAAAGAAAGAAUCAAGGCCUUUAAAACAUGUACAGCUCAUCUUUCAGCUGUGGCCAUCUUUUUUAUACCAGUGUUAAUUGUGUACAAUAUGAGAGCAAACAUACAUCCAAAUGCAAGAAUCAUAAAUCUGUCAUUGACCACCGUUUUUCCUCCCAUGUUAAACCCAAUCAUUUAUGUUCUGCAGACACAAGAAAUCAGAGCAUCUUUAAGAAAAAUACUUCAGUCUAAACUUCAAUUAAGGGUGGCAUCGAAAUGA